AUGGGGAGAGCACCCUGCUGCGACAAGGCGACGGUGAAGAAGGGGCCAUGGUCGCCGGAGGAGGAUGCAAUGCUCAAGAACUACAUCGAGGAGCAUGGCACCGGAGGCAACUGGAUUGCGCUGCCACACAAGAUAGGGCUGAAGAGGUGUGGCAAGAGCUGCAGGCUGAGGUGGCUCAAUUACCUGAGGCCCAACAUAAAGCAUGGCGAUUUCACCCCAGAGGAGGACAGCAUCAUCUGCAGCCUCUACAUUAGCAUAGGGAGCAGGUGGUCUAUCAUUGCCGCACAGCUGCCGGGGAGGACUGACAACGACGUGAAGAACUACUGGAACACCAAGCUGAAGAAGAGACUCCUGGGGCGGCGCAAGGACCACCACCGCCAGAGCGCGGCCGUCGCGACCGAGGCGUCCACGUCCACCGGCGACAACAUGAACGACGGCGAACCGGUGGCGCUGAGUGCGUCGGCCAUGGAAAGGAUCCAGCUCUGCAUGCAGCUGCAGAACCCGCUGCUGGGCGCCCACCACAACCCCUUGAUGUGGCCCGGCUGCAGCAGCAGGGCCAGUACCCAGAGCAACAACAGCUUCAACAGCAACGGCAGCAGCGUGACAAUAGCUGAACAAGGGCAGUCCAGCUCGCUGAACGAGCAGCACCUGAUGAAUGCGCAGCUGGAGGGUGCUGCCAUGGACAACGGCCUCGCCUCGCCCUCAAGCGCGGAGAACUCCAACAUGAUCAGCAUGGAGGCCGAACUUGAAGAACUGCUCUACGGUGACGACAACCGGCAGGGGAACGCUGCCGCCGGCAUGGUCCACGGCGGCGGUGUGCAGCAGGUGGAUGUGGACUGGUGGAGCUAUGACCAGACAGCAGGAAAGUUGCCUGUGGGUUGCUGGGACUUCACCCCUGAAACCAACACGGUGUUCCUGGACUACGCCUCGGUUUAUGACAUCUAG